AAGGAGCAGCAACAUUCGCCGAGACUUAUUGGCUUUGUUCGCUGUCGCAAUUUGCUUUUUCAUCAACAACAACAAGGUGUGUGAUAAUCGUUAGCAAUGGCGACAACUAUCCAGAUGACCAAUGAGCAACUUCACGCGCUCAUCGAGGCUGUUCGUUCGUCGGCGGUUAACGCAGCCGGCAAUGCCGCUGCUGCUACUAGCGAAGCCUCAAAGACAAAAGGAAGUUUCAGCGCCUGUACGCACAAAUUCGGCGGUACUCGCAGCCACGACGAGGUCGAGGAGUUCAUCACAAAUAUUGUCACCUACAAGGAACUGGAGGACAUCAGCGAUGAGAAUGCCUUGAAGGGCAUAUCCCUGCUUUUCUGUGGCAUUGCAUCCACCUGGUGGCAGGGCGUACGCAAGGAGGCAAAGUGCUGGAACGAUGCCAUCAGCCUUAUUCGCGAGCACUUUUCGCCCACUAAGCCGGCUUACCAGGUCUACAUGGAGUUCUUCGAGAAGAAGCAGCCCGACUCCGUUGCCAUCGACACCUUCGUGGUCGAGAAACGUGCGCUGCUCGCCCAACUGCCGGAGGGACGGCACAACGAAGAAACCGAACUGGACUUUCUCUAUGGCCUGCUCAACAUCAAGUACCGCAAGCACAUUCCUCGCCAAAAUAUCUCAACAUUCCGCGAUCUGCUCGAGCAGGGCCGCAUCAUUGAACACAACGACCUGGAGCAGGUUGAGGCGCAACCAAAGGGACCGCUACGCGGCGCUAAUCGCGUUGAACGCUGCACCUACUGCAAUUUCCGCGGUCACACGUUCGAGGUCUGUCGCAAGCGGCAGACGCGGGAUCAGACGAAUGCGGCGAACUAAACAUCACACACACGCACACGCAAUAAACGGGACAUGACAUCAUCGACAUCUACAACAACAGCAACAUGCGCAGGGCGCAUAUUUGGAUGCCUACGUCAAUGUCUCUCUCUCACCAAUUCUCUCACAUCAAAACUCACUUUGUCAGCUGGCCUCACAUGGACACGAGGAGAGUGGAAAAUGACAACAUCGAAGAACAACAGUUGCGCACUCAGAAAGCUCUAGCAGCUUUUUGCCUAUGUCAGUUUCUGACUCUCACUCAGCAUCAAGUGGCGUGCCGGCCAGCAAAGCAGAGCUAAAAUAACGGCAUUUCGAUGUCGCAUACACUUCACGCCGAAACUUCGGCUCAAUUUGGCUGUGAACGCCAGCUUAAAUGAUUUUUCGUGAUUACUAAUCACAACUGGAACUCUACUACAAGCGGUGAACUUGUUCACCAACCCUCGAGCGGCAGGAAUUGAAGAACAGGUUAGCGCACGCAUUUCGCCCCUAGGCUAAGUCGUUGAGCGGCGUGUGGCGCAGCCAAGCAGCGACGCUUGCUCGUGCAUUGCUUAUCUCUGCAGAGUUCUUCGGAACUGUGCAGUCGAUGAGCUUUGUGCGCGGCCAGCGUCGUUGCCUGUGCUACGUUUGCGUCGGCUCAACAACUCGGGCCGUGAUGGGUGUUUCGUGUGCUUUGCUUUUCCCCUUUUCUUGUCGCUCAAAACCCGCUGUCUUGACCUAGUGUCUGCGCAACGUAGCUGUGGUGCCGUACGCUGCGUUCAAGCAGAGGGCGUGAAGCUUCGCUGGCUUCGGCCAGUGGAUCUAUGCGCUGCUCACUUGUCGCUUAGUUCGAAACUACAGCUGCUUUCGCGUCGAUCCUUCUUCAAUGCAGCAAAAAAAAAAACACGUCCAUGGGAAGACAACGCAGUGGCUUUUGUGUGUCGCAAGCUUCGAGGAGCAACUCCACGCCGCUGCUCAGCUCUGGCAGCGCGCUGCGGUUUACUUAGGGUGCGUUGCUGUAGUUCGCUUCGGCGCGCUGCAGCAGCUCGCUUUGGUGAACUGUAGCGCUGCUGCUAACUGGGUUCGGCUUGAAGUUGUGGCCUUUGCUGGUUGCUUCUGCACGACAGCCGCUGCUGAGGCUUGGUCAUGGGCAAACUUUCAUUUUCU